CGUGAGCGCUGCCUACGCGCAGCGGGGCCGGGCGCAGAUGGCGGACGCUGAGGCCGAGGCGGCGGCUCCGCGGCCCGAGAUGCCGCGGCUGGUGGCGGCGCUCCGGGCCCGCCUCUGGCAGCUGCAGGCGGAGCUGCGGGACCAGGAGGUGUCGGAGGCUUCGUCCCGGGCUUACUGCCGGGGAUUCUGCCAGACCCUGCUCCAGUACGCGGGCAGCCGGGGCGCCUCGGAACAUAUUUUACCUUUUUUGGAAGUCUAUCGAAUCUCCAUCCAAAGUUUUGCAAACGCGCGACCUUACUUGACCACAGAAUGUGAAGAUGUUCUUCUGGUACUCGGCAGACUCGUGCUGAGUUGUUUUGAGCUGCUGCUUUCAAUUCCUGAAAGUGAAUUGCCGCAUGAGGUGUGGUUGGGAUUCCAUCAGUCCAUACAGGAUUCACAUGAUGCUUUACUAGAAUUUGGCAACAACAACCUCCAAAUACUGGUGGACAUCACAAGGGAAGGCGUAUGGAAAAAUCCAGUUCUUCUUAAAAUUCUAUCCCAGCAACCAGUAGAAACUGAGGAAGCCAAUAAAUUGAUUACACGAGAAGGGCCUUCCUUUCUGCAGAUGCGAAUCAAACACCUGAUGAAGUCAAACUGCAUCCCACAAGCCACGUCCUUGUCCAAAUUGUGCGCUGAUUCGCCCGAAAUCGCCAACGCUUCAUCUUUCCGUCAAGCCUACAUCACCUGUGUGUGUUCGAUGCUGCCGAAUGAAGACUCCAUUAAGGAGAUUGCAAAGGUAGACUGCAAAGAAGUGCUGGACAUCAUAUGCAACCUGGAAUCUGAGGGACAAGAAAACACUGCAUUUAUUCUUUGUACAACAUACCUUACUCAUCAGCUUCAAACAGGAAAUGUGUAUUGCUCUUGGGAACUGACACUUUUCUGGAGCAAACUGCAGAGGAGAAUCGAUCCUUCUCUCGAUUCCUUUUUGGAGAGGUGUCGUCAGUUCGGCAUCAUUGCCAAGACACUGCAGCAUUUAUUUUUCUUGAUAAGAGUUAUCCAGUCUGAAGCGGAAGAAGCAGGACUUGCGGUGUCUGUUUUGUUGUGCGUGAGAGCCCUUCAGAUCCGAUCCAAUGGAAGCGACGAAAUGAAGACGUCGGUGUGUAAAACCAUCGCCUGCCUUUUACCGGAAGACCUUGAAGUGCGAAGAGCUUGUCAGCUCACGGAAUUUUUACUUGAGCCAACUUUGAGUGGAUUUAACGUGUUGGAAGAGCUCUACAUGCAACCAGAUCAAAAAUUUGAUGAAGAAAAUGCGCUGGUUCCAAAUUCCCUCCGUUGUGAGCUGCUGUUGGCUUUAAAAGCAUAUUGGCCAUUCGAUCCUGAAUUUUGGGACUGGAAGACUCUGAAGCGACAUUGCCUUAAACUGUUGGGGAAAGCAGCUUCUGAUUCCGAGGACGAUGCAAGUUGUAAUAUGUCCAUCAAUGAAACCGACAUGUUAGAAACAUUCUUUAGCGACUACGAUGAGACAAAAGAACAAAAAUAUUACGAUGGAAAAGACGCAAUGAACCACCCGAAAGAAAAAGCAAGAGUGAAAAAACCAAUUGGUUCUUCAGAAAGAUACCAGAGGUGGCUUCAAUACAAAUUUUUUUGUGUGCUCUGCAAAAGGGAGUGUAUAGAGGCUCGAAUUCUGCAUCACUCCAAGAUGCACAUGGAGGACGGUAUUUAUACGUGUCCGGUGUGCACAAAAAAGUUCAAGAGAAAGGAAUUUUUUGUACCGCACGUCAUGGAACACGUUAAAAUGCCGCCUAGUAGAACACACAGACACAAAAAGAAAAUCAUCCUGAAAAAAGAGAGAUCACCACAAAAAACAAGCAGCAGCCCUCCCCCGGUGUUUCAGGAGAAGCCACAGCUGCCUGAAACAUUUGAAAACGAUGCACAUGAAUAUGUCACCUUCAGCCAACUGGAAAACUGCCACCUGCAAGACAGAGACAUCUACCCCUGUCCCGGGACGGAUUGUUCGAGGGUCUUUAAACAGUUUAAAUACUUAAGCGUCCACCUGAAAGCCGAACAUCAAAACAACGAUGAGAACGCCAAGCACUACCUGGACAUGAAGAACCGCAGGGAGAAGUGCGCGUUCUGCCGACGGCACUUCAUGACGUCCUUCCACCUGCGGGAGCACGAGCGCGUGCACUGCGGGCCCCAGCCCUACAUGUGCGUGUCCAUGGAUUGUUACGCCAGAUUCGGGUCGGUUAACGAGCUCCUCAAUCACAAACAGACGCAUGAUGACCUUCGUUAUAAAUGCGAGCUGAAUGGCUGUAAUAUUGUUUUCAGCGACUUAGGGCAGCUCUACCACCACGAGGCUCAGCACUUCAGAGAUGCGUCGUAUACCUGCAACUUCUUUGGCUGCAAAAAGUUUUAUUAUUCAAAAAUUGAGUUUCAGAACCACCUGGCAGUGCAUAAUAUCACAGUGUCAAACGGGGAGGUCAAGCCGACAGUGGCGCUCGAAGAGUCGGUUUCAAAAGACAAAUGCAGAUGUCUUCCGGAGACUCAAUCUGAGAAUUCCAGUCUGAAUAACUUGGAUCCCUCGGGCUCUCAGGAAAUUCCGCAGAUUAAGGAAGAAGUGCUCUCCGACAGUGAAGAUCUGGACAGCGAAAGUAACUGCAGCCUCCAUUGUGGGGACGCUGCGGUGAAGCAAGGGCAGGCGUCGCCUCUGCGGAUUGAAACGAUGGCUCGAAAUCAAUCGGUUCCGGGUUUCCUCAUGUCGCAGGAAGGAGUCGUCCAUCCAGCAGAUGCGAAGCAACAAUGUUCUGAUGGGGCGGUUUGCGUGGAUGAAAAAACACUUCCCUGUGGUUUCGGAGGCUGCUGUUCCACACACAAAAACUCCAGGAGUGUGCAAAAACACCUUCGCAGGGCCCAUCCGUAUAACUUCAAAGGUAAAAAAAAUAUGGAGGUGAAAACAAAAGACUUUCUCGAUCUGCUGAAUGAUGCUCAGGACAGUAAAUCCCCUACGGACGUUAGUACAGACUUGGGUCAUAAUUCAGACACAAACGCUGACUCUCCAGAAAGCUUGUGCUGUACGAUAGAUACUAAAGGAAGCAACGGCCUGAAGGAAGAAACUUGUCCUUCUUCCCCAGAGACAUCUUUUUACGAUAGUUCUAAAGAAUCAAAUAUCGAUGACAACAUGUUGGAACUGAUGUUAGGCUUGAAACAUCUAAGCUUAAAAAAUUCCAGCGUGCAGAAUUCUUCGAGACACAAGCCUUUUCUGCGCUCCUUACAGUCCUGUUCAUCCAGGGACACCAAGUGCUCUGAGUCAGAUGAAACUACCUCAAAAUUUCAGCUUCAAGAGCAACAAGAUAAUUUACCCAGCCAGUAUCUUACUCAGCUGGCAGCCAAACCAUUUUUCUGUGAGUGCCAAGGGUGCACGUGCGAGUUUGUGACCAGAGAAGCUCUCUUGAUGCAUUACGUUAGAAAGCAUAACUACUCCAAGGAAAUGGUUCUGCAGUUAAAUAUGUUCCAGCAUCGAUACUCGCCGUUCAAGUGUCACAUUUGCCAAAGAUCGUUUACAAGGAAAACACACCUUAGAAUUCACUAUCGAAACAAACAUCAGAUUGGCUGCGAGAGGGCAGUUCACAAGGUUUGUCCAAAUGAAAAGUUUGAUCACGUCAGCUUGUGUACAGACAACAUGCACAAAAACAGCGCCAUUCCGACACCCAUCUGCGCGGCUAAUGUCGAAUUCGUCGACCGUUCAAACCACUCUGAGCAGCUGUGUCACCCGAAAAAGAAAGACUGUAGUUCCGAGACGGAUUUGGAGUCCAGCGAAGAGAUGGACAAUAACGUAAUGAGAAAAACGUCCAACGUGGGUUCUCUGGACAGUCACAGGGAGGAACUGGAGGCGAGACAGGGAAGAGGAAGCAAAAGAACAGUUGCUAAAGGAAACUUAUGUUAUAUAUUGCAUAAGUACCACAAACCAUUUCAUUGUAUACACAAGAGCUGCAACUCGGCAUUUACCAACCAGAAGGGUUUGAUUCGCCACUAUCGAACCGUUCACCAGUACAACAAGGAGCAGCUCUGCUUGGAAAAGGACAAAGCGAGAACAAAGAGGGAGCUCGUCAGAUGUAAAAAAAUAUUUGCAUGCAAAUUCAAAGAGUGCGGUAAACGCUUUUUAUGUUCUAAAGCUCUCGCGAAGCAUUGUAGUGACUUUCACAACGAACACGUAGAGGAUCAAAAGCUGCUUUCUGACGCUGAAUCCGCAAGAUUUGCUUGUAACCAAGCCCACUGCCCCGCUGUGUUUUAUACCUUUAAUAAGCUGAAACGGCACCUAAUAGAAGAACACGCCAACGAAGAAAAACUAAACAAAGAUUUUGAAAUCCAUUGUGACCUUAAUGGCUGUAAUCGGAUUUUCACCAAUUACAGCCACUACUCCCAACACGUGUAUUUCCGACACAGUGAAUAUUACGAUAGUCUCUUUAGAAAUGAGAGAGAGGAGGAAGACGAUCAAGAGAAAGAUAAAAGUGAACAAAGUUAUUUGAAAGGCGGUCUUGACGUGAGCAAGCAGAACGGGAAGCAGUUAAAAUCUAAAAGAACUAGCAGGAGUCGAGAAAAGCAUUCGAUUAACUUCAAAACAAAAGAGGAGGCGCUCCAGAUGUGCAAAGAGAAGUCGAACCAGACCCAGUACCCCUGCAUGGUCCAGGGCUGUUUGUCUGUCGUCAAGCUGGAGAGCAGCAUCGUCAGGCACUACAAGCGCACGCACCAGAUGACCAACAUGUACAUAGAGCAGCGGAUGCAGAAACUCGUUGUUUGUGUUCAGUGCGGCAUGAUGAAUGAGAAACAGUCCGGCUCCGAAACGGCAUUAGACUCGGAUAAAAAAGAUCAAGAGGAUAAACCGGCUAAUCCUGAGUGCGUGCAGGAAGGUGAAAAACCUGCUGUUCCAAAUACUGCCUGCGAUCAUCAGGAUGGAAGCAACGAAGACCAAAAACCAUGUCUGUCGAGUGGCGCGAGUUGUGACGUGAGCGACUUAACAUAUUCAGGCACUUUAAAAUAUAACCACAGUUCACAGAACGGCAGUUUUGAAGAGCAUAAGGUCAGGGAGACGGUUACGUGUAAAACGGAAGAUUUUUCUGAAAAUAGCGAAAGAGAGAAUAGCUCUUAUUUCUCGAGUUUACAAUUAGAGUUGCCGAGAGAGAAGGAUCCAGAAGGAUGUCAGCACAGUGCGGUUAAUCAACAUGCAAAGAGAAAUGUACUUUGUGCUACAAAAGAUAAAUUUCAGAAGCCUCCGGUGUCCAAACCGUUUGAUUUAAAGACGUAUAAACCCAUGGGAUUUGAGUCUUCAUUUUUAAAAUUUAUUCAGGAAAGCGAAGGGAAAGAUGACGACGACGAUGAUGAUUCUGAUGAGGUGGUGGAGUGGGAGGCUCCAGUAGAUAAGACCUUGCAAAAAGAGGGAGACGGUCAAGGGGAUACACCAGUAAACAGCUUUGUAGAUGACAAAAAUAUAAUUUUAACCCAAAAUAAUCACGGGCAGCUGACAGAAAUCCAGCCCUUGUUGUCAGAAUCAUCAUCUGCCCCUUCUCUAGAAAAUCUGAGGGCGAUCUUGGACAAGGCGCUGACGGACUGCGGGGACCUUGCCUUAAAACAGCUCCAUUACUUACGACCGGUGGUUGUUCUUGAAAGAUCCAAGUUUUCUACGCCCCUCAUUGACUUAUUUCCCACAAAAAAGGCCGAUGAGCUUUGUGUAGGGAGUACGUAAGUAGUUUUGCGUAGAGCGGAUCGGCUCCACUACUGCUACAUGGGGAGAGCUCCAAAUUAGAACCGUAAUCGUUACAGUGCACACUGUUUAGGUUUAGCGUAGACUGUUUAAUUCAAUGAAUGUAUAAUAUCUGUCAAAAUAUUGGCCGAAUUAAUUUAGCUCCCCAUUUUUUUCUAUGGAUUUUGGUGCUGUUGAACACAUCAGAACGCGGGGGGCUUCCUGUCGAAGGGUAAAUGUGCAUGAUUGUAUAUGGAACAAGUACUGGGGUACCAGGGUUCGGGGGGCGAUGGAGUUAUUACUUGACUUGAAUGUGCACCCCAGGGUGCUUCGUGUAACAUAUUGUACACUACAGCAUCUUAUAUUUUUUUGAGUUAUGAGUUUCAAUAAAUUACAGUUUUUCACCCAUUUGUUUACUGUACAGUAAAUCUUUAAUGUGAUUUACUUGUAAUUUGGGACCAUUGGAUGAUGUCGCUUAAGUUUUAUGCAUUUGUAGAUGAUUUAUUGGACUGAUGAACCAGUAUAGAUAGAGAAAAGUAAAGUAUUACAUCUUAUUUUA